CGUAGAUCACGCAGAAAAACCAUACAAAAUCAAAACCCUAAUUUGUGUUCAAGAUCGACCCAGUUUGGGAACUGCAAGUGGUAGGAGACUGAGAAAGCACAUUGUGUAGAGACCGAUUCGGAUCAGCGAUGGGAUCUGGUAGUGGAAGCUUCCUCAAGGUUCUCUUGAAAAACUUCGAUGUUCUUGCCAUGCCUGUGGUCAGUCUUCUUUUUCCUCUGUAUGCAUCAAUCAGGGCAAUUGAGUCCAAAUCUCCUGUGGAUGAUCAGCAGUGGCUUACUUAUUGGGUUCUCUAUUCAAUGAUUACACUCUUUGAACUCACCUUUGCUAAACUUAUUGAAUGGAUUCCAAUUUGGCCAUAUGCAAAACUGAUAUUGACUUGCUGGUUGGUGAUCCCGUACUUCAGCGGUGCUGCAUAUGUUUAUGAGCAUUAUGUAAGACCCCUUUUCAUCAACCGCCAGACUGUAAACAUAUGGUAUGUUCCAAGGAAGAAGGAUGUAUUCAGCAAACCAGAUGACAUCUUAACUGCUGCUGAAAAAUACAUUGAAGAGAAUGGCCCAGAAGCUUUUGAAAAACUCAUUAACAGGGCUGAUAAAAAUUCCAGAUAUUGAACUAAUCUAGACGAUGUUCGACUACGCCAGCUCUGGAUAUGGAAAGAGUUUGUUUGUUGUUGUUAGUGUUAACUAGUAGUGUUGAGGUUAUUCUGGAAGUGGAAUUAUUUGUUUUUGUUGUGAAGAUGAAGCAAUACAAAACUAUUUAAAUUUUAUAAUCUGUAAUUAUCUUAUGGUAUACGUAUACGACCUAUGAUGUUGUGUGACCCGUGGUGUUAAGUGUUGGGCUAUUAGGAGAAUAUGUCCAAAAAAAAUACAUGUACUGUAAAUGUGAA